UUUAGAAGAUUGAAGAUGGCGACCAGCUCGGCGCGCAGUCCGCCUCCGUUCCCCGACUCCGAGGACCAAGACGUGCUGGACUCCGAGGAAGUCGGAGGCCGAGACAGCGAUGAAGACGACGGCGGAGGGGUCGACGACGACGGCGGGGACGACCUCCUCUUCGUGAAGGCGAGCAACCCUCCACUGACCAAAAUGGACCCCACACUGCCACCUGCCAGUCAACCCCGCGAUGUUCUCAUGGACUCUCCCACCGACCUCAUGGAUGGACCCCUGAUCGAGCCCGUCGCGGAAAACAAACCGACGAGCGACGUCGUCAGGGAACCCUCGGAUGAUUUUUUCGACCUUACGAACAACAUCGCCGACUCUCCCGAAGACGCGGCCCAAAGUGCCCUCGUCGACGUUGCCAUAGACACGACUGAAAUCCCUUUAGAUGAACCCUCAGAUGAUUUCGUAGACAUAUUCGGAGGUGACGCCGAAGCUCCGCGAGAGGAGGCCGUGCUCGCUGCUGUGACUGUCGAAGCGGCGGUGGAUGAAAGCGAUGUGACGGAUCCGCCCGGCAACGGGGAAACGGGAAGCGAUCUUGAAGAGGAAGCAAACAAAGCCUCCGCCGAUUCUAUAAUCGACCUCAGUGAUGAUUUGUUAUCUAGCGACGCUCAAAAGCCGCCACCUGCCUGUGUCAAAUUCGCCGACCCUCUGGUUGACUUCCUCGGCGACGCGACGCCCACCGCCGCCGCCGCCAAAAUACCCAGCCGGGCGGCCGUCGAUCUGUUCGAAGACGAGGGAAACCACUUGUUCGCGGAGCCGCGGCAGACCAAAUCCGACAAGCGGCCGCAGAAGAGCCUCUUCGGAGAAGCCAACGAGGAUCUGUUCGGCGGGCCGCUCGGCGCCCCGGCGAAGAAACCCGCCGCCAAAGAGCCGAAGGGCAAACCCGUCCCGACCGCGGCGUCUCGAGACGUCGGCAGCAUGGGCGGUCCUCUGCAAGACGGGUACCGCGCCACGCAGCCCGCCGACAUCUUCUCUGAGGAAGCCGUCGCCACCGCGCCCAGCGUCAAGAAGACCAACUCGGUCAACUCCAAGACCAACGGCGUGCACUCUGAAGAGGACACGGAUAUAUUUGCUGAAGCAACAGUGGAGCUGUCUCUCGACAGCCCGCGGGACGAGAGGAAGAAAGAUGUGGCGGCCAUGCCGUCUGCGGCCGCCCCCUCUGUGGCAGCGGCCGGCGGCAGCGGCAGCCUGGCCAAGCCACAGGCUGCUUCCUUGGAGGAGUUGGAUGAAGAGGAGGAGAAAGAGGAGCAAGAAGACAAAUUUGAGAUCGCUAUCUCUAUCAAAGACCCUGAAAAAAUAGGGGACGGGAUGAACGCCUACAUGGCCUACAAAGUAACCACACAGACCCAGCUGCCCAUGUUCCGCAACAAGACCUUCACGGUGAGGCGGCGCUUCAGCGACUUCCUCGGCCUCUACGAGAAGCUGUCUGAAAAGCACGGACCCAACGGCUUCAUCGUGCCGCCGCCGCCAGAGAAGAGCAUUCUGGGGAUGACGAAGGUGAAGGUGGGCAAGGAAGAUUCCUCAUCGGCAGACUUUGUGGAGAGAAGAAGAGCCGCGCUGGAGAGAUAUCUCCAGAGGAUCGUAAACCACCCGUCUCUUCUCCAAGAUCCGGAUGUCAGAGAGUUCCUGGAGAGAGAGGAAUUGCCCAGAGCUGUGGGCACUCAGGCUCUGAGCGGCGCCGGCUUCCUGAAGAUGAUCACCAAGGCAACGGACGCCGUCAGCAAAAUGACCAUCAAGAUGAACGAGUCGGACGUGUGGUUUGAAGACAAGCUGCAGGAGGUGGAGUCCGCAGACCAGCAGUUCAGGAAGCUCCACUCGCUCGUCGAGUCUCUGGUCGUUCACAGGAAAGAACUGUCGCAAAACACGGCCAACUUCGCCAAAAGCACGGCCAUGCUGGGUAGCGCGGAGGACAACACCGCCCUAUCCCGGGCGCUCUCUCAGCUGGCGGAGGUGGAGGACAAGAUGGAGCAGCUGCACCAGGACCAGGCCACCAACGACACCUUCAGCUUCGCCGAACUCAUCGCCGAUUACAUCCGGCUGCUCGGAGCCGUGCGGGGCUCCUUCGACCACCGGAUGAAGGCGUGGCAGCGCUGGCAGGACGCGCAGACGGCGCUGCAGAAGAAGAGAGAGACGGAGGCCAAGCUGCUGUGGGCCAACAAGCCCGACAAGCUGCAGCUGGUCAAGGAGGAGAUCACUGAGUGGGAGGUCAAGGUGACGCAGUACGAGAAAGACUUUGACAGAGUUUCUGCGACCGUGCGAAGGGAAGUCGUCCGCUUUGACAAAGAAAAGGCCAAGAGCUUCAAAAAAGAGAUCAUUAACUACCUGGAGUGUCUGCUCCAGUCUCAGCAGCAGCUCAUAAAGUACUGGGAGGCAUUCCUCCCCGAAGCCAAAGCGAUCGCCUGAUGCUCGAGCGCCUUCAGGACGGCGGCGCCCUUUUUCUAUACACUUUACCUCUUGCCUUUAAACCAAGGAGAACUGCGUGCAUUGUAAAGGGAGAUACAAUCAGCCCGUUUUUUUAAUCACCUUUAACACAUAGCUCUGUACUCUAUUGUAUUAAUAACUGUAUAUUUUCAUUUAACCUUCCAAAAAUAUUUUCUUAAUAGAUGAAAAAAAAUAGAGUUUGCAUAUACAAAGAUAUGGACGACGCGUGCAGAGAGCGAGUCGACGUGCCAUUCCACCGAGACGCGGGGGCGCGGUCCCCCCCCCCCUCGGCGGGGGUCUCGGCGGCUCUGCUCUCACACCUCUGGGGACCCAGGUGAACAACGUGGCCAACACUGACGGUGUUUAUGGUUUAUUUUUGUGCUUUUUUUAAUGACGGCUCAAAGGGAUAAAUUAAUUCAAAAGAAAUUCAAUUAAAAGAAAAUGAGGAUGACGAGCACUUAGAGAGAAGAACUUGAGUACAGCCAUGUUCCUGUUUCUGAGUCUUUUUCCCCCCCCCCCUGUUUAAAAAAAAUGCUAUUGCUGAAGGGGGCGCUGGGUGUCGGGAGGCAUUAGGUGGGCGGAGUCUACGGCUGUGGUCAAAGGGGCGGGUGGGGAGGGGGGGCGGGGUGCAUUGUAGGUCAAAGCUUGAGAGUUUAAAUGUUUUAGGUAUGAUUUCAAUCAAAUAACCACAUGUCUGCCUUUUUUUUAAAAGUCAGAAUGGUGUUUUUGGUAUAAUCCGGUUUGGGAGAGAGUUGCACGCGGCUUGCUUACGUACCGCUACUUACCGUUAUCUACCGUUACUUACCGUUAUCUACCGUUACUUACCGUACCGUAGUGGAUGCGUGUCGGAGCUGGGGUAGAAAGCGAUGCCGGUGCAUGUUUAAGCCCAUUUACUACAAAUUAAGUUUUUUUUUUUUCUCUCUAUAUUUUUGCUUAUGACUCUGAAAAAGAAGCUUCUAGACCGCUUAUUGUAUGAAAACCAACCUGCACAGACUUGAACCCUCGCGGUCCACAUCCCGUCUGUUUGUUUGUUGUUGUCGCGAUAAUGCAGUAAUUACCUGUGUCUUCGAGGCGUAGCCAGACAACGACGACGACUCACUUAGAGAACGACGUUCAACCCGUUUCAAGUCUCUGCAAGUCGACGUUCGUGUUGCGGAACGAAUGGAAAGCGAACGCUGCCUCUGGGGUUUUGCAGUAAAAUAUAAAAAUAUAAACAAAUUAUCAUGUGUUGUUCCGUCAAAGGAAAUGUAAUUGUUUAGUGUAUAAAAUGAUAACAAAUUAAUGAAAUGUUUUUCCGAGAGCCCAAGAAGACAUCUUGAAAUAGUUUAUCUGACUAACAAUUACAUGAUUAGUUUUAUUUUGAAGGUGCCCUGUGGAGUUUUUGAUCAGUCACGGAGGAAUGACCACGGUCGCUUCACGUGUUUCCUGCCGAUCAAAAGACGAGAUGCAAACAAUUUUGAUUUAAAAUGCCUCCACUCAACAACACAAAAUUAAAUAAGAUACUUUAAUGCACUUUGGUGGGAAAUGGUGAAUGUAAAUACAUUUGCAAAAACUCAACAGAGUACCUUUUUUUAUUUUUUUACAAAGAUUAAAGAGCAGAUUCUCACAUUGUGAAGCGCUGGAACCAGUUGGGCAUUUUUUUCCCAUGUCAAAUUAUAAUCCUAUUGUUUUCUUUCUUUCUUUUGUGUUCAUCCGUUAUUUGAUUUCAGCUAAAUAACACGCCGUGUAGUAAAUGGGCGACGGCGUGACGCAACAUUAACGUCACGUGCUGUAAACAUGACGUCAUGGUGCGUUCAAUGCUUCCCCGAAGCCUCGGUCACGUCUUUUUGAUUCCAGCUUUAAUCUCACGCGUUCACGCCGCGCGGCGCCCGUUAACGUUUCUUUAUUUUUGGAUCGUUGGGUGUCAGAUUUGUGUUCGGCAGCCGGAUCGAACCGGUUUGUUUGUGCGUCGUCACUUUGUUAAUGUGCAGAGCAAAUGUCAGCACUGUGUCGUAUUAAUUUCUUUUCAAACAAAAUCAAUAAAAGUUGCACUGUUUACACUUGGAAAUUCCAUUAA